UGCCUGGGCGCUGGGCGCUGGGCGCUGGCCGCCGGCCGCCGACCUGCUACGCGCCGGCCCGCGUCUCUGAGAAGUCCUGAGGUCUUUGACUGGCACCGCCUGAUCCCCCUCACCUGGGCCCUCGUUGCUAGGCGGACUCCUCAUCUUGGAGAACAGAAAAGGACAGCUGCUUUUCUUUUGCGUAAACUGACCACAGCCUCCAGUGGAGGGGGCCUUGAAGAUUCAUCCUUUGCUGAACCCAGAAAGUAUGUGCAGGAACCGGAGUGCAGGACGAGGCUCGUUCAACACCUCCUUGAGAAGCAGAGGACUGCCGUGGAACGAGAGGUCACCAGCCCCCUUCUGGACAUGGGUUUCAGUGAAGUGCAUGUUAACGAGCUGCUCAGUAUACAACCAGGUGCCCACCCUCAACAGUUGCUGGACAUCAUUUCAGAGUUAAUACUCCUGGGUCUGAAUCCGGAGCCCGUGUAUGUGGCCUUGAAGAAAAGUCCUCAGUUAUUGAAACUGCCUAUAAUGCAAAUGAGGAAGCGCUCCAGUUACCUUCGAAAGCUUGGGCUGGGAGAAGGGAAACUGAAGAGGGUGCUUCACUGCUGCCCUGAAGUGUUCACCGCGCGUCAGCAGGACAUUGACAGCAUCGUCAGAGUUCUCAAGGAGAAGUGCCUUUUCACGGGGAAGCAAGUGGCUGAGAUUUUGCACAGGUGCCCCUGUGUUCUCCGGGAGGACCCUGCUGCGCUGGAGUACAAAUUCCAGUAUGCCUAUUUUAGGAUGGGGGUUAAACAUGCGGAUGUGGUGAGGACCAAUUUCCUGCAGUACUCCAUCACCAAGACCAGGCAGAGGCACGUGUUUCUGGAGCGCCUGGGACGGUACCAGACCCCCGAUAAGAAGGGGCAGACGCAGAUCCCCAACCCUUUACUCAAGGACAUUCUCAGAGUUUCGGAAGCUGAGUUUCUGGCCAGGACAGCCCAUUCUUCUGCUGAGGAGUUUGAGGUUUUUAAGAAGCUCUUGGCUCGGGAGGAAGAAGAGGAGUCUGCAGGCCACAUGACUGGUGAUGAAAGUCUGGACCUGGACGAGGAGGAGGAGGAGGAGGACGAGGAGCGGGAGCUGUGAUGGGAGGACUGGCCUGAAAAGAGCCCAGAGACAUCAGAGUGUUUUAAUUUUCUCAAAGUUUUCGGGAGCUUCACUUGAAUCUUCUCGGGUUAGUUUUCAUUCUAAAAGUGGUCUUUUGAUGAGAAGUUAUUGGAAAUAACCUGAGAAGGAGACAGGCCAACUAAAUAGCAGGUGCGUCAGUUUGACCUGCUGUCGGGUUUCUGUGGGGAGGCCCCUGUUCCAUCUUGGGAUAAAAGACUGACUUUGAGCUCUUAAAAUCAAAGGGACUGAAAACUUCAACAUUUGUUUUUUCCCUGUCACCUGUGUUGAGAUGAUUCUGAGACAGUGCGGGCGACAAGGGUUCUUCUGGUUCAAGCGUCAGUUUGUAUUUCUAGUGAUAGAGACAAAACUGUGAGGAGGCAGUGAGGGUUUCGUAUAUCACAGUACUUUAUUUCAUGAAAACAAGUAGCAAGUGUUCCACAAAAAUACUCGCAUUUUUACGUAUCAGAAGUAUCUUACUGCUUCAUAACCGCAUUCAGUGUACAGCAGAGUGAGGAGGUUGGUUAGUGACGUAUGGUUCUGUUCUGUGCAGCUUAAUACCAGCAGAGCGCUGGGGCCCCACUUAAUCUUUGUGGAGAACAGGCUCCGACUGUGACCUCUGGGGAAUUUGCUCUCGUUCCAGCUCAUGCCUAGGGGUCACAUCCCGGCCCGAAGCCUCUGGCAGCCAGGGAGGCUGACCUGGAGCGUGCCCGAGCAGGAAGGGGCCUGGAGCAGGCCUGCUGGGUGGUCUCCCCGCCCGCAGUACAGGUGCUGGGGCUUCUGAGACCGGAGGAGCAAGAGUGCUGGCACAGGGUCAUGUGUGGGGUGGGGCCUGGAGCCAGGGCCACGACACCAUGGGUGGCAGAUGUCCCCUGCGGGAACCCAGUGGAUCUGAGGAGCAGUUUGAAGAGUUGGGGUCAGGGAAUGGAAUUUGAUGUAAGCCGGGGGUCAUCUGAGGUAGAGGUCCAGCCCUGACGGCAUGCGCUCUGGGAGAGGUGGGAGGCUGAGUGCAUCCUAGAACAUUCUGGGAAUUCCCUCCUUAUGGAGAACUGGCACAGGGUUGAUGGUGCAGAAAACAUUUUUGGUGAUGUGCUCCAAACUCAGGUCUUUGCAGCAUUUUAAUGGUUACAUGAGCCUCCCUGUCUUGGCCAUGUUUUCCCUCAGGGACCACGUAAGAACCCCGUAGGGCAGCAGUUCUCACCUGCGGGUGAUCUUGACCCCAGGGAACAUCGAGCAGCGCUGUUAGCGCCAGAGCGUAGCUGGGGUCCAGUGGGUCGGGCCAGGGCUGCUGUUGCACGCCGGCAGUCAGGGCAGCCUGCCGCAGGGGUAGGCGGCCUGGAACCCGCUCUGAGGCCUGCUCCAGCCCAGGGCGCUGCACGGACCCGUGAGAACUGAGGAUUUUAAAGGGGCUUAUGUUUGUGGUAUUUCUUCUAUUGGAAAGCAAAGUAAGUAGCUGACUUCUAGGAGUUCCUUGCCCCUCAGUACCGAUGCUGUUGGCAGUUUAGAGCUUGUUUGCUGCGGGGACUCCGUCCUGAGCUGUAGGCUGAGCCGUGGAUGCUUUUGCUUCCUCCAGCUCACAUUCGAGCAUGGCUGCAAAGAGGAAGACGUUUUUCAGGAAGGUAGUGUGGUGAGUCCCUCCCCAUGGGUGUCAGACGUCGGUGGCAGUAGUUCUCCAGCCGGAGGACUGCCCGCUGAGGAGAGCUGCUGGAGGCUGGCUGACACGGAGCCCUUGCCUGUUGGGGUGGCUGGUGGGUGAGCAGCAGGGUGCCUUGUGCUUUCCUCAGCUGCACCUGGGACAGCCCGCACGCAAUGGGGAAAAGGGAGUUUUGUCUUCAUUGUCUUUCUUAGUCACGGGCAGGAUCGUUUGAAAGUGAAGACGUUUCAGUUUUCAUUUACUCUUGAAUUUUGUGGCGUCCAAGUGACCUGCAGUUUGCCUGGAACGUAGGAUGUUAUUCUUUUGCUCAGUCAGGACUAACAGAAUCCUAAAUAUAGGCUCGAUUGCAUGGUCAGUUGAUCCAUGUUUCGUUAAGCACAUGGCUAACUUGACAGCUCAUGGUUGCCUCUUUAAUUUUGACGCAGAAAUGCAUGUGCCCCUGACGGUUUUCUGAUUCCGUCGCUGCUGAUUUCUUUGGGUGGACUUUUGAGUGUUUCCAAAGAGGACAGUAGGGUUUUAAGAAGGAGCCACAGGAAAACAGCAGCGGCUCAUUUGCAAUGUUUCAAGGAUGAAUUGUAUUCCUUCAGCAUCAGGAAGUCUUUUUACUACACGUAUAAUUUAUAAAACAUCGUGAUAUGUCAGUCAUAAGACGAGACAGCACCCAGCUCAGGAUUCAGUAGACUGUUUUUCGGAGAAACAGAGGCUUCUAGGCUAGAAACUGGAACACGCCACGUUUGCCUCAUGGCUGAGGGACUGAGGUUCCUCACGUGGCGGUGGAGUUUCAUCCCCCCUUCCAGUGACAUCACUCAACCUUGCCGUUUGCUCGUGGCGCUGCAGCUUGCAUGGGCCAUGGCGCCACUGCAGCUGUCAGCAGCACAUGCUUCAUGUGUGGCUUUCUGGGGUCUCCCGCUGCCGGAGCCCCUUGACUGAGCUCAGCCACCUUCUCCAGGUGGGCCUGGAGGCUGGGAGCCUUCUGGAGUACAGUAGAGACUUCUUGAAGUGACUUUUCUCCUUUCUGAAAAUGACAAAAUGUGUAAUACACAGACAUAUGCACACAAAACUUUAAUAAAAA